AAAAGCAUGCAGUGUUCACAAUGUAGCUUAAAUUUAAUCGUAAAAUACUCGUGUAUGAGCUCUUACGCAUCGGGUGCUGAGUCUGAUGGGUGUUCAUGUGUGUGAUUGACAGGACGGCGGAGGAGAAGGACGACUGGAUAAAAGUGAUCCUGGCGACGAUUGAGAAGCACAAGCAGAACAGCGAGACGUUCAAAGCUUUCAGUGUCUCCUGCAGCCGUGAUGAGGAGCACACGCCUGACACGCCGGGCCUGUUGAGCAGCGCGAGCACAUGUGAGACAGACGGAGCUCAGCAUGAGAGGAAGAGCUCAAAGAAGCGAGAGAAGGAGAGAGAAACAUGCAGAGGCUGCAGCGAGACCUUCCACUUCACCAAACGCAAGCACCACUGCAAGAGCUGCGGCGCGGCCGUCUGUGGGAAGUGUUCGAAGGUGUUGGAGAGCAGGAGCAUCCGUGUGUGUAAGCCGUGUUCUGAAGCACUGCAGGGAGCUGAAGGGACAGCAGGGGGCGGCGCUGAGCCCAAGAGAAAACUCGAGAAGCAGCUGUCAGUUGCUCAGUCUUCUCAACGAACAGGAAAAGUUGAGGAGCUGGACCAGGAGCUGGGCGGCCAUCACUGAAGCACAACCUCUGCUGCUUUACCAGCAAACCAGCACACAGGUCUCUCUGGCUGUGACAUGAGAAGAAAGAGUCAAAUGUGUUCAGACUGAUUCAGGAUUGUGAAUCUGAAUGGAGCUCCUGUCACAUGCUGUAAAGGGAGGAGCAAGAGCCAAUAAGAUGCUUACCCUCGCCUCUGGUCCCUCCCCUUUAUAAAGAACUCCUGUUACUUGAAAUCACUUUAUCCUCAGCACUUUUUCAUACUUUCUUUUGAAGAUCUUUUUUACCUUCCUUCACACGAUCGUUGCUCUUUCAGCAGCAGCUCAUGCCUUCAUUGUGAGAGCGACUGGCUGUCGAUGCACUGUUCCCGUCUGCUGUUCGUGUUUCGCUGGAUGGAGAUGUUGAGAAUGUCUAUAUGUUACGAUGAAUGUUUUGUUUUUUCAUUGGUUGCCUUUCAGAUGUGUUGUUAGUUAAAGCAUUAAAUCACUGUUCUUGUGAUUCACUGUCAGUUCGAACCUUCAUGCACCCCUUUUGUUUAUUCUUUCUGAUUUUAAAAGAUGAAAUCCUUAAAAUACAAGUAAACUGAAGAGUCACGCUGAACUGAAGCAGAGCAAAAAGUCAUAUUUCACUCGAAGCAACAGGAAGAAAUAAUAUUUGCAUUAAAAAAGAAGCCUGUUUUUUGCAUUCUGCUAUUAUUUUCAUGAUAAUUAAGCACAUUUCACCCCAAAUUCACAUUAUUAUUAUUAUUAUUAUACACAAGAUAAGUUAUGAUAUAUUUCACUUGUGUAGUGUUCACACAUUUUGGUAGAAUUUUAAUUUCAUACAUAAUUGGUCAUAUGUUUUUUUUUUUUUUUUUUUUUAAGUACAUUAUUUCAAUUUUUAUAGUAAUGCGAAUCACCACUGGGCAUGCGUUUUUGCAAAAUUCACCCACGAUUUCACAAGACAAGUGUGUUCAUGAACUCUUCUAAAGUCUUUGGUAAGCAUGAACAUUCAUGGUCUGUUGCUUCCUCAAACUGUGUUGCGCAAACGAGAGAUGGUUUUCACUGUCUUUCGUGAGGAUCCCCAGCUUCAUUGUUUAAGGGCAGAUUCCUGUGGCAGGCCACUCAAUAUUACACCCUUCUGUAGAACAUUUGCUAUUUUAAUGCUCGAGGGGAAACUGUUCCCUCUUGUGUGAAUUUUAAGAUAAAGGUUUGGAUGAGAGGACUAGGUUAAGAAUGUCUCUUCAUACUCUCACCAAAGGCACACUUCUCUUUUGUAUGCACCAAUAUUGUGAUUGCAACAGAAGUACUGUACAUGGUCAAUAUGUAAUUAAUGAUGUAAACAUUGCAUUUGCUUCCCUUUUAAUAUUGUUUGAACCCUUGAAACAGAACCAGUAUUAUUAAAAGCAUUUUAUGUGUACAAAAGGUGUCUUAUAGCAUAUCAAUGAAUAAAAGAGUAUCUGGUC